GCCGGAGUGAGCACGUGUAGCGGAGGACAUGAAGACUCGGGAGACCUACAGGACCGCAACAACAACAACAACAACAACAACAACAACAACAAAAAUAACAAUAACAACAAGAACAUCACCAUGACGAGCGAGGAUCUCCUACAGCCAGGCCACGUUGUCAAGGAGAGAUGGAAAGUGAUACGGAAGAUCGGCGGCGGCGGGUUCGGCGAGAUUUACGAGGGGCAGGACCUGGUGACCCGGGAGCAGGUCGCACUCAAGCUCGAGUCCGCCAGGCAGCCCAAGCAGGUCCUCAAGAUGGAGGUCGCCGUCCUCAAGAAGCUGCAGGGUCGCGAGCACGCCUGCCGCUUCAUCGGCUGCGGGCGCAACGAGCGGUUCAACUACGUGGUGAUGCAGCUUCAGGCCAAGAACCUGGCGGAGCUACGUCGGGCGCAACCCAGGGGCGCUUUCAGCCUCUCGACCACGCUGCGCCUUGGGCAUCAGAUCCUCAGGGCUAUUGAGGCCAUCCAUGAAGUCGGCUUCCUCCAUAGGGAUAUCAAGCCGGUAGGUGUGGACCUGAGACCUCUUCUGGCACAAGGUCACGUGACGGUGCCAGAAGACCGGCGUCAUCGAGGAUUGUGCCAUGGCGAUAAGGAAGCUUUCGGCGUGCUUUGCGGCCGAUCAUAA